UCCUGAAUCCUAACUCCCGUCCGUUACACCACGCAGGAAACCAUGAGGCCUCUCGCGCCUCUGCUCGUGUGCUCCCUGCUCCACCUGCUACUAGUCGCCGUCCCGCCGGUCCACCCCACCCCGGCGCCGUCCUACGCGCGCAACGCGACGGUGUACAACGUCUCCGCGGCGCUGUGCCCGGGGUGCGGCGCGUGGGCGGAGACGCUGGAGUUCCUGUACUACCACAACCUGGUGCGCCUGGCGCGGUGGGAGCUGCCGCUGGCGUGGUCGCCGCGGCUGGAGUCGUACGCGCGGUGGUGGGCGUCGCAGCGGCGCGGAGACUGCGCGCUGCGGCACUCGUUCCCCGAGGGGCAGUUCGCGCUCGGGGAGAACAUCUUCUGGGGCGGCGCGGGCGGGGCCUGGCGCCCGGGGGACGCCGUCAAGGACUGGGCCGCCGAGGGCGUCGACUACUCGUACGCGGCCAACGCGUGCGCGCCGGGACGCGAGUGCGGGCACUACACGCAGAUCGUGUGGAGUCACACCUCCUCGGUCGGGUGCGCACGGGUGGCGUGCGACGACGGGGGAGUGUUCAUGACCUGCAACUACUACCCGCCGGGCAACGUCGUCGGCGAGAGGCCGUACUGACAAGGUUCAGGGAUCACCUGUGCAGAUUUAUUACGUGACAGAGUUCAGAGUUGGCGUGUGUAAAUAUUCAGCGGUGGUUCUAUGAGAUGAUGCAAAUUAAAGAACCGUAAACCAUGUGUUUGAUUGGAUGUUCGGCAUGUCGCCACGAUAUCUAUUUCGGAGGUAUGAUAGAUAUCAGAGGAAAAUUGCGGUGUUACAGUCGUUUUCCCCCUGUGCUUUGGUGCUGUUUGUCACCUUUGUUUUA